CGAAGCGAUGAAGUUCGGAUGCGCUCCCGGGAGGAGAUCCCGUCCCUUGCAGAGGCGAUCCUGGACAUGGAGCAGUCUCUGUUUCGGGACUCUGUUGUUUUUGGGCCUCUGCUGCUGGCAAACGACGGGGGUGGUGACACCUGAUCAGGUGAAACCCAUCAUCACCAUGGAGCAGUUGCUGUGGGUGAGUGGCAGCGUGAUCGGGGAGGUGAACACGUUCAGGAUCCCCCUCAUCGCGGCGACGCCUCAGGGGACCCUCCUUGCCUUUUCCGAAGCCCGGAAGUACUCUUCCUCAGACACCGGAGCUAAAUUCAUCGCCCUUCGCAGAUCGCAGGACAAAGGAGCUACCUGGAGUCCCACUUCGUUCAUAGUUGACGACGGUUCCCUGGUGGAUGGACUCAACCUUGGGGCUGUGGUGGUGGACUCAGAAAAGAACAUGGUGUUCCUGAUCUACACCCUCUGUGCCCACUACAACCGAUGCCCUGUUGCAAGCACCAUGAUCAUUCGCAGCGGUGACGACGGGGUCACGUGGAGUGUUCCCAGGAACCUCUCUGAGGAGAUUGGCACGACUAUGUUUGCCCCUGGACCAGGCUAUGGCAUCCAGAAACGUUAUGAGCCCAAGAGGGGGCGCUUGAUUGUCUGCGGCCACGGGACCAUAACCCGGGAUGGGAUCUCCUGUCUCCUCAGCGAUGACCACGGUUUGACGUGGCGGUAUGGGCAGCAGCCCCUGCAUGGCAUCCCUUUUGGUGGAAUGAAACAUCCCAGUGACUUCAAUCCUGAUGAAUGCCAGCCCUACGAACUGCCAGAUGGAUCUGUGGUGAUCAACGCCCGGAACGAGAACUUCUACCACUGCAGUUGCCGGAUAGUGGUGCGCAGCUACGAUGCCUGUGACACCCUCCCACUGGAAAACGUGACCUUCGACGAGACCUUGGUGGACCCAGCUGUGGCUGCUGGAGCCCUCGUCAAAUCAGGCCUCGUCUUCUUCACUAACCCGGCCCACCAGAGACAACGGGUCAACAUGACGCUGCGCUGGAGUUUCACUAAUGGUUCAUCAUGGUGGAAAGAGGCCUUGCAGAUCUGGGGCGGUGCCAGCGGUUACUCCUCCAUGACGGCGUUAGAUGGGACAGCACCUGAGGAUGCCCAUAGCCUCUUCGUCAUUUAUGAGAAGGGCCUGGUCGAUACCACCGAGAGCAUCUCUGUAGCCAAGAUCAGCAUCAACGGGAAGCUGUGACCGCAUGGGGUGUCCUCUAUUGGAUCUUUUCCCCAUGUGCCUUUAAGAUUCCUGACCCCUUGGCAGGGUUAGGAUAGAAGGGAAUCUGAACUAGAACUCAGGAAGAGACCCCAGUUUGAUGGGGACUCUCCAACCAUGGGGAGGGCAAAAAGCACAUUGGCAGAGCUUGGGAGAACACCGGCAGCUGUGGGACUGGGCCCCAGGAGGUCGCCAGUCUGCCCUCUAGUCAAGCCCUCUACUCUCCCUGGUCCUCCCCAUAAGGACGUCAUGAGGCCAAGCCUUUCCCUUGCUCUUUUCCCAUGAUGCCAAGGCUGCCAGUCUACCUCAGAAGCACUCCUGACUUCAGAUGCUGCUAUUGAAUUUCUGAGUGGAAGGGCAAGAAGUGGGGCAAACAAGCGAGAAGAGGAAGACAAAUCAGGAGAUCAGUAGCCAAUAGUUGUUCAGCCUGGAUUGGCUUAUCGUAGAUCAAAUCAAGACAAAAGGAAGACAGCUGUCAAGUUUUGUAAUGAAAUAAACUAAACAUGCACUUUUAUGUA